AUGAAAACGCAAUCAUCAUCCUUACCCAUCCAUGAACGAGUAGGGAAGCAGGGAAGACUCAUUUCCAUCCUGAGAGAGCAAGAUGCCCUAAAGAAAUCCCACUCCAUCCAGGGAGAUGCCACCCGCUUCCGAAACGCACUCCAUCUCCAUGACGACUGCGACACGAAGGAUGUGAAGACGGCAGACCAAGUACAAAGAGAGGCACGAUGGAAGGAGAAACCGCUUCACGGCCAGCAUCCCAAGUUCAUGGAUAAACCAUCCAUCGACUCGGACUUCAACUACAACUGGCUGAAGAAGGAACUGUUGAAUGCCGAGACAAAGAGCAACAUCCUAGCCAUUCAGGACCAGUGCAUUAGAACUCGUAACUACGAGAAGCACAUCCUGAAGCUGGAUGUGGAAGACCGCUGCAGAUGCUGUCAUGGACCACCCGAAACGUUCCAAAGUGAGUAUAUUAUGGCGGAACUUGUUGCUCGUUGCAGUGCAUCGACGAACUACGCAGAACGGCUGCUGACGACGAACGCGAUCGUGAACUCGACGGGCGAGGUGACCCUGCUCACUGGUGCGAUUUUCCGCUCCACUUGCGACGUUGACGUCACCUAUUUCCCAUUCGAUAUCCAGAAUUGCACCAUGCCAUUUGGGUCCUGGUCCCAGGACAUGACCAAGGUAACUUGCUCGCUCCCUUUCCGGCCAAUGCUGAGUUUGAAGCUGAGAAUUGAGGUCAUUCGGAUCCUGAUGGAAUCGGACCAUAACAAAACGUUGGAGCUGAUGUCAUAUAUUCAGAACGAGGAGUUCACACUAGAAUCUUACGAGGCAACGAAGAGUUUGGAACCGGAUCCGUGUUGUCCGAAUCCCUUUUCCGCAGUGACCUAUGCCAUUCUGAUCAAACGCCGUACAUCAUUCUUCGUCGUUAGCUAUGUCCUUCCCAUGGUCGUCAUCAACAUCCUUGCGUUCCUGAUGCCGAGCGAGAGUGGGGAGAAGGUGACGCUGGGAAUCUCCGCCAUGCUCACGGCCAUCGUAUUCCUCAUGACCAUCCGUGAUGUCCUCCCGCCCUCCGAAAAUAUGCCUCUCAUAGGUACUAUGUUCAACCAUGGAAUCUCCAUCACUCUUGGACAGUGCACUCGAUCCAAUAUGUCAUUGGAAGUGGCGUUGAGCAGCUUCAUCCUAUACAUUCAUCACCUGAGGGACAUCCAGGUGUCCCUUCGGAUCCAGAUCGUGUGUCGGUUGUUGGCCAAACUUACGUGUAUGAAGGAGCCAAGAUUCCGCACCGUGAUGAUGGGAGUAUGUGAGAACGAGAAAGGGAAGAUGGAAUUUUCCGACGGGAUACCAGUUCCUUCUCUCUUCGGUUCUAAGACGAAGUCGAGUAGACGCCAUGUUUGGAAGGGCCCAGUCGGACCCAUAUGGAAGGAUUCGAUGACUGGUGAAGAGGUGAGGCCAGAAUUGAAUGGUGUGAGUAAUCGGGAGUUAGAGCCCUACAUGUACCGUGGCCCCGACCCGUUCCCUUAG